ACCCGAACAUGGCUUCGGCAUGGACGGAAAUGAACGGAAAGGAACGGAGAAUUCCGAAAAGGAUCGUUGGAGCUCCGCCCUCGGACGGAAUUGACUCGGGGAGAGAGAAUGGGUUUCUCCAAGCGGAGAAAAAUUUAAGCACACAGAGAGACAUCACACCGCGACUGCUGGAGGUAUACAAACACACAUUGUGUGGCAAACGAGAGAUACAUACAACUUUAUACAUUAUCCACACGAGCGAUUCGCCGCCGAGAAGCACAGAAACAGGGGUUAACGACAUAUUAUAUUAGUAAUCAUGGGGACAAGGAUAUUAAAGAUGUGUUGAUGAUGACGCCGCCUGCCACAACAAACCCGGUCCCAGUGUUUGGGAAUUGAGACGGAAAUAAAUUAAAAAAGACGUUUUUUUUUUUCCUUGUAAGCAAAGCAAUGUUUUCUUUGACGUUUUGAUUUCGUUUCAUCUGCCGUGAAGUUGGAUUUUUUUUUUAUUCGGAGGAAUUCUCAAAUUCAAUUUGUUUGUGUUUUUUUUUUAACAUUUUGUAUUGUGCUUUUUGGAUAACAUGGAUGUUGGAAUCGAAAAGGAGUGUAGCGCGUUGGGAGGGCUGUUUCAAACUAUUAUGACUGAUAUGAAGUCCAGUUACCCUGCAUGGGAGGAUUUUGUAUCGAAAGGAGCCAAGCUGCAGUCUCAGUUAAGGACGACGAUUGUAGUCACCGGUUCCUUCCUUGAUGCCUUUCAGAAAGUAGCUGACCUGGCCACUGGCACGAGAGGUGCAACUAAAGAAAUUGGUUCCGCCCUGACCAGGAUGUGUAUGAGGCAUCGAAGCAUCGAGUCUAAGCUCAAACUGUUCACAAGUGCCCUGACGGACAGUUUAAUAAACCCCCUGGAGUUGAAAAUCGAAGAGUGGAAGAAGGUGGCCAGCCAGUUAGACAAGGACCAUGCGAAAGAGUACAAGAAAGCCCGGGCGAACAUCAAGAAGAAAUCCUCGGAUACAAUCAAGCUGCAGAAGAGAGUAAAGAAAGGGAAGGAUGAUGCACGAAUGCAGCUGGAAGGCGCUCUGCAGGAUGUCAAUGACAAGUACAUGCUGCUGGAGGAGACGGAGAAGCGGGCCGUGUGCCGGGCGCUCAUCGAGGAGCGAGGGAGAUUCUGCUCCUUCGUCUCCAUGCUCAAACCAGUGCUGGACGAGGAGAUCGGCAUGCUGGGAGAGGUCACCCACCUGCAGACUAUCCUGGAGGACCUGACGACCUUGACCAUGGAGCCCAGCAAACUGCCCCUGGCCAGCGAGCAGGUGAUUCUGGAUCUGAAAGGUUCUGACUACAACUACACCUACCAGACCCCGCCCGCAUCUCCUAGCAACACCAUGUCCCGCAAGGGCAGCAUCAGCAGCACCUACCAGAAUUCCUCAAUCCGGCACGUUCCAUCCUUGGACUCCAUCUCCAGCUCCUUGGAGGGAAUCCACCUGCGGCCUCCCUCCACCAGCAUCCCCGACGGGGGCAGCCAGCGGUCAGCCAGCUCUGUCUCCUCCGAGGCCUCUGAAGCCUGCAGGUCGCUUAGUGAGUGCGGCUCCCCUACCUCACUGGGCUCGGGCUCGGCGGCUGGGCCAGGCUCUGCAGCUCUCUGCAAGGAGCAGCUGUUGAUGAAUAGCCUGCAGCAGAAGCUGGGAUCGUCCUGUCCUGGCAGCGAGAACGGCACUGCCAUGCCCCCCCCGCAGAACGCAUACACACAGGGCAUGGAGCGGCCCCGAGCGAUGACUACCUCCACCUCGUGCAAGCCGCACACGGCCCGUGAGCAGCUGGCCCUGGCUCUUGGGCAGGGUUUGAACUCGGACGCGCCGCGCAGCAGCCGGGACUCCCUGCACUGCUCCAGCGGCUACAGCACCCAGACCACCACGCCGUCCUGCUCCGAGGACACCAUCCCCUCGCACGCCGUAAAGAAAGAGCCUCUUCUUUAUGUUGCAGACUAUGACUCCAUCUCCCUGCACGGAGGGGAGGAGCUCCGUGACCAGGUGGAUUUCGACAAGUCCUCCACCAUCCCUCGCCACAGCGACAUCAGCCUCAACUACCGCAAGAUGUUCCAGAGCAAGCGGCCCGCGUCCACCGUCAGCCUGCUGGCCGACCCCGAGCCCAUCGUCCGCUCGCCACACGUGGCCACCAUCCGCCGCAAGCCCUCCAGCAAGCCCACCUUCCGCCGGGGCACCCUCAGUGGAGGCGUGCCCAUCCCCAUCUGCACCCCCCAGGUGCCCAUGAAGGCCCCCCCUCCCGCCGCCUCCUCCUCUGGGACGGGCAAGGACACGCUGGGGGCAGGGCGCAGCGGCAGUGACGAGCUGGUCCACAUGAAGAACAGCUUCUGCACCUCCACGCAGAGCCUGAGCACCAUCUCCUCGCCCUACUACUCCUUCAUCCCCAGCCAGGCACACGGCAGCACGGACCAGCUGUACACCAUGAACAGGCAGCAGCAGUUUCAGUACCAUCAGCAGCAACAGCAGCAGCUUCACUAUCAGCAGCAGCAGCAGCAGCAUGCACUGCUCAGCCAGAACCAGCAGCAGCAGCAGCUUGCACAGCACAGCCAGAACCACCAGCAGCAUGCACAGCACAGCCAGAACCACCAGCAGCAUGUCCCAGCCCGGUGCCCCUCGGAGGCACAGUACCCCAUCGUCACCAACUCCCUGUCCACCGAACCACCUCCUCCACCAGCAGCUGUACAGCCGUCCGGCAGUGACAUGCUGAGCAUGAUCCGGCGCGGAGUGCGGCUACGCAAAACACUGACCAACGACAGGUCAGCACCGCAGAUCAACCCCCCCCUCAACCAGGCUAAUUAACGAGCUGGGAUAGUGUGUGUGUGUGUACAGAGAGAGAGAGAAAGAAUGAAGCUUGGCUUUCUUAAUAUUGUUUGGAAGUUUAAAAAAAAGUUCUCUCAUUUUUUUCCUCCUCUUUUAAGAUGGUUUUCACUCGUUUGGUGUACCACCUUUUAACACGUCCUCCUUUUCCAGUGUUUUCACUGUUGACUGCUGGACUGAAUUUGGGAUAGUAAAUAAAUAAGUUAAUAAAUUAAUAAAACAAACAGGAAAAAAUUAAAAAUAAGAUAUAUAUAUAUAUACCGGUGGAUGCUUAAAAGUUGGAGUUGUUUUUGUUUUUUGGUUUAAGGAUAUGUUUUGAAAUGACAAAGACUGAACAAUGCUUGAUUUAAAGUGUACGAUUAUAUGUUUAUAUUGCAAAAAAAAAAAUCUGCCUUGCUUCCUAGCACAGUGUCUUAUUUUAGCAUGCGUCUCGGCUCUCUUAGCAGAUCAGCGCAUCGUUUGUAUAUAGCAGCUCAUCACUCUGUGCUUCAUUGUGUUUCGUUUGCUCGUGCUUGUUUUGUUGUUUUGUUCUUUAUUAAACUAAAUAGCACUGGCAUCUUUUCAUGUUUUAAAAAAAAAAGAAGCUUUUUUGCAGAUCUCCCCAUAUAUAUAAAUACAGGUAAUGAGCAAAACAUUUUUAAAAGCUACCCAUUUUAUAGCAGAGCAUCUAGUCUCCUUGACUAGGUAAUGUAAGGAGAGAAGCCCUUGGCAUUGAAUCUGAAGGGCACCCAUCUGAAUAAGUGGAGUCCUCCUGCUGGGCUGUUAAACGUCACUGUGCUGCUGGCUGCCUGUCCCAGCAUCCUCAGGGAGCGUCCCGAACGAGCCUGUACAACUCCACAUGUGCUGAUCAGCACCGCACGCAGAGAGGUUUGUCAGCUGCUGCAGCAGUUCAUUAAGACCGUGGUGCAUGGGAGAGGGAGUUGCAGGCGCAUGCAGCAGAUUGCAUAUACUGUCCAGCGUGGCUGCAACAAAAAAAGAAAAAAAACAAUCGCAUAGUUCACUUUCCGAUAGCAAAGAGUUUUUCCCUCGGCAUGCUGUGUGAUGGGUUCAGUGAGAGCUGGCAGUCCGGCUGGACAGACUGUAACAGUGCCUGCCAUGCUUUCACACUGUGUGGUUAACAUGAGAUGCUUCCUAGUGCCUGGCACGAAGCAGUGUGCUGAAAUGUAAGAAUACCUAGAUGUUGCAGUGCGGAGUCCACAUGAACAUUAUACAUGCUGUUUUUUGUUUUUUUUUACUUUUGCAAAUUUAUUAAGGGGUUUAUUUUCAGUUUUUCACCCAACAGCAUGAACAUUUUUUUUUUUCUUUUUAAGGUCGUAAAGUUCUAAAUGUAUUAAGUAUCGGGUAUUAAGUACAGCAAUUUUCUGAUUAUUUUGUAAUUAACACUUUGGAGUAAAGAGCUUUGAAAAUGCCCCCCUGUGCCUUUGCGUGUCUCAAUUUGAAGUUUGCUUUACUCCACUUCAUUCCACACAACAUCAUCAGGGCUCACCUAGUUCAGUAAAGGCGGUGGGAGUUUUUCAAACAGCCUUUGUAGUUGCUGCCAAAUAGGAUAUCUCCUAUGAUGCAGGAAAUAAGCUGUGUGCUCAUUUAGUCAUUGAUUGAGCCUUUGUGCCCUCGCUUAUCAGCUGCUUCACCUUUGCAUUGACAGACUGGUAGAACGGUCUGAUAGCAGUGAUUCCCUGAGUUACGGCUUUCGGUGGUAAAGCCGGUGCAGCUGGCGUCUCCUUGCUGAGGAAGCCGAUUUUAACAGAGGGGAGGGUGUGGUUCAUUCAGGAGCUGAAGGAGCAGCAUGUCUUCUUUAUUAUAUUUACUGUAGACCGUAAGACACAGGACUACUCAAAGAACCAGCAGUGAUGUGCUGUGAGAGUGUGCUGACCAGGAACAGGAUUGCAGCAGGGUCACGGUGUGGGGUAACAGGAUUGCAGCAGGGUCACGGUGUGGGGUAACAGGAUUGCAGCAGGGUCACGGUGUGGGGUAACAGGAUUGCAGCAGGGUCACGAUGGGCAAUGACACGGUGGCUUACUCCAGCAUGCUGUCGGUCCACUGCAGCUGUUGAGCUCCUCAGCCAUGUCUCUGUAGAGGCCUGCAGUGUGGCGCCUGGGCAGACAGAUUGGUUCAGGAUCAGGGCACGUAUAGCCGUUCAUGAUCCUUUCUAAUCUGCAUCACCAUGGAGAUUCAGGUGCUGUAUUACCCACGGCUAACUGAUCUACAUUGUGAAAGGAAUGCAGAGCCGUUUCCUGUUUCUCCAUUUUUUAUAUGGAAGUAUGGAGAAUUGCUUUGAAGUGUAGCAUAGAAUUGAAACACAUUCCACCUCUUCUAAAUAAGAGCUUUAGAGAACCCUCUCCUCCACUCCACACUCUCGCACGUUGACCUGCAAUGUUAUCUUGCACCUUGUUUAUUGUUAGGCACAAGCACAGGGGUUAAACCUUCAAACCAACGCAUUUCAGUGUAAACUUUGUUUGAAAGGGUUAAAGACUGCAUUGUAAAGUUGCCAGUGAAGAUAGCUGGUUGAAUGUGGACCGAGUUACACACAGAGGAAAAUAUGCGUGUUUGGAAGCUAGCUCUGAUCGGCAGGAUCUGGGGCUGCACACUUUUUGUCUCUUGCUGUUCUUGGAAAGGAGUAGAGAGAAGCUGGUCAGAUAUCUAGCGUUCAUUAAACAGAGAAGGCGGCGUCUGCGUUUGUAUCGGAUAAAAAGAUAUAUACAGAGAGAGAUAUUUUAGAAUUAAAUUGGGCAAAUCUCUCAGGCAUUUCUUUAGUUUUGUUCUGGAUUUCCUGCAUGCUGAUUUGCAGCUCUCUUCUAGACUAGACUUGUUUUAAUUUAGCUGCAGGAGCUUGAAGCCCAGCUGGACUGGCAGACUUUGCCCCCUCCUUUCUUGUAUAAAGCAGUGUUGAGUGAUGCUUCAGUUCAGGUAUGUCCAGCACAGGUAUCUGUGUUCAGAUUCCAUUGGCUGUACGUGUCUGCUUUCUCAUUAUCAGACACACUCAUAUGCAAUAACCAACCCUUUUAAACAAACAGCAAACCGAACAAUAGUACCGCAGUCCCUCGCCACUUUGUUUUCCACCCCUGUGACUCCUGCCUCUACCUUCUGAAUUCACUCGUGCUCCAGGAGGUAUCGGGCUCACCCAUGAGCAGGGAGUGUGAGGCACAGGCUGGGCUCAGAAAUCCUGCUGGACACGAGGGAGAUUAUCAAAAUUAACCCUCAGCAAUCCAGAGCUAGCUUUUACCUUUCUAAACUGGGGGGGGGGGGGUCUGUGUCUGUCUUGUGUUUUAAAAGCUCAUGAGUGUUGGAGUUCUAUUCUAACAGAGGGACUCUCUGAAUACUGCUCACCUGGGGAGAGAUUGCUGAGUGUGAAUAAUAGCUCUGUACACACCGAAGGUGUUUAACGCACCAGCCCUAUGAGUGGGACUCCGGCUCGCAGAGCCACUGUCCUCGAGCUGGACCUGCAGGGGCUCAUCUGUGUCUUCAAGCUCCUGACCGGAGCGCUCUGGAGAAUCCCAAGAGCACUCCGCUGUUCUGGACAGCCUUUGGUUAAAUCUUCAGUGCUGUCUGGUUCCUGAAAUCAACAAGACAUUCUAAUAAAUAUCAGAGAACGUAGCCCACAUUUCUUUAACUUGAGGGCCACACCCCCCUCUCCACACCAUGAGGGACAUAAUGAUCUAUGAAAGCAUUGAGCACAGAGGCAGGGCAUCAGCAGGUGUGAUCCGAGCUCUGUAAUGUACAGCACUUGAAGCUCUCCUCCAGUUUCAAGGUGGCAGACCCCCUUUUUUUGUAGUGCAAUUAAGUAGAAUUUCUCAAGUUCUAUGUGUUCUGUAAACUGCAGGUACCAAAGUCUUAAAUGAGGUUGCAUUAAACCAAACUUUAGUUUCUUUUUUUUUUUUCUUGACAAGGAAAUAAUAAAUACAUAUUAAUAAUAAUACAAAUUAGGAUGGUUCUACCAACUUGCUUAUUUUUGCAACUGCAGGUUUGCAGGAAGAAACGGCUGUUGCUCAGGACAUUGAUCUGUCCAUCGCUGAAAGUGGCUACAGUAUUUUGGAUGCUUGUGUCUGUUUCUGAAAGGUCCUGUAUUCCUGUAAUAUGAAUAUUGCUUUGUAAGAGAGUUGACCUCUCACUGUAAAUUGUAUCUUCAUUGUACAUUAUCAGGAUGUUUCAAAUUGAGUCUUGUGUGUAGUCAAGCUGCACACUUAAAUUAAAGGAAUGUGGGUUUAAAAAAAAAA